ACUUCCGGUGCCGGUUAAGUGUUUCCUGGAGACGAGCUGCGGCUGUUUUGAAAAGAACAUGAAGCACGACUCUGACUCUGAUCUCGACGAAAGAAUCGAAACAUUGAAGCAGAAGUAUGCUCAGAGGCGCAACCAGGCUCCAGACGCGUCUGCUGAUGGACACACGCCAGACCACCGCACGGCUCUCAGAGAGCGCUACAGGACGCGUUCUGACCUGCCACAGAGUAGACCCGACAGCGCUGAAGAGGAUUCUCCCGAGGAGACGGACGUGUUCUGCACAGACACAGAUGUGACUCUGCCGUCAAGCCUGGCCCGGUCGGAUCAGAGCCGGAGCGCCGCAGCCGUGCACGUGUAUCAGGAGAUGCUGCACAUUUAUGAGAGGCUGCAGCAAUAUCAGCAAGAGAAAAGUGAGCUGGAAGCGGCUCUGAAGCAGAAAACCAAAGAGAAUAAGAGGAUGAAGGCCAGCUUUGACUCCGUGAAGGAAUUAAACGAUUCUAUGAAGAAACAGAGAAAGUACGAGUCCUUCACGACACACAGGAGCCGAGAAACAGCUGCUCCUAAAGCGUUCGACCCCAAACCCAGCAAACCAGAGAAACCUCAGUCAAGUAAAGCAGCAGGCAAGGCCGUCACACACGGGCUGCUGCCGCUGCUGCUGGAUUGGCUGGUGGACGGUCAGCUGAUGGAGGUCAGAGACGGGUCGAGGCCUUCCCCGCAGGAGAGAUGCGCCAGGGUUCUGCCCAUGCUGGUGGAGCAGCUUCAUGGAGCGGCUGCUGCUGCGGUGGAGCCGUCUCUGCUGCUGCGGUCUCUGCUGCGCUGCAUCUACUGCUGCCUGCUGCAUCUGGAGCGCAGCUCACAGCACACCGUCCUGACCUCCACGCUGAGGAGGCUGGGUGAGGAGGUGUCUCGAGGAUCGCGCGUCUCUCCGCUCUUCAAGAGCUCCUGUCUCCUCACGCGCUUCUUGUGCAGCCUCAUCAUCAUCAAGACCAUCAGCCAAGUGGAUGUUCUGGCUCAGGCUGUGGAGGUGCUGUCCUGUGCGGUUCGCACCGAUGAAGGGCAGGCUCUGUUCCUGGAGUACCAGGCUCUGCCGGUGGUUCUGGCUCUGCUGAGAUCUGCCAGUCCCGCUCUUCUGGCUCCGUCGCUGGAUGUGCUGCUGCAGAUGAGCUCAGAAUCACGAACGCUGUCGGCUUUUCUGGAUCAGUGCAGCUCCGAGGAUUUCUUCCGCUGCGCCUCGCUGUUCCUCCGUAACCCUCGUCUGGAGCCGCCGCUGCUGGAGAAGAUGCUGAUGCUGCUGCAGAAGCUCUCCAGCGUCCGGAAGAACAAGCGUCUGUUCGAAGCGUCGGCGCUGCGUUUGCUGCUGCAGGAGAUGCACAGGACCAGCGGCCGCAGUCAAGCCUUCAUCAGCAUCAACCUCAGCUCCAUCCUCCUCAAUCUGGGCACGCUCACACGCUCCUGACACGCCAAGCACCUCAUCACAUACGUGCCUCCGUGCUCUGUCUGCAGUGCUGCAAGUCUGAGCUGCUGUUUCCACAUCAAACCGCGUGCUGAUUUUAUACUAGCAAGCUCCCAAAUGAGCAAUGAGGAAUCACAGCAGUAUGAAACCUGUGUUUAUAAUCGGUGGAGAGGAAGAUUAUGAGUGAAUAAUAAUCACACAAACUAUAGACUGAUGCUGUUGUGAUGCUUCAAUGGUGAUUCUUGACAUUUUUGGAGUUUAGCAGUAUAAACCAUCAGCAGAGAGCAGCUCGGAAGAAAGAAAACAAUAUGCCUUGAAUCAUUUGUAGCAUAGUGCAAUUUUAUUUAUUUUUUUGUAUACAUUGAAAUAACGAUUUUGAUGUUUUAUACUGCAAACAAG